AUGCAUUUUUCCAAGAUCGUCACCGCGGUCGCCGCCCUCUGCAUUCAAGGCAGCCUGGCAGUCAAUGUCUUGACCUACACCGGUCGUGACUGCACGGGUACAGUGCAGGAUGUCAAGGUUGAUAAUAAUGCAGCCUGCUCCACUGAAACCCAACCAUUCCAGUCCUAUGUGGAAAAUGGAUGGGGAAAGAGUAACGGCCAAAGGAUUGCGUUCUACGCCCAGCCCAGCUGCAGUACGAACUCAUUUCUAUAUGACACGUACUCUUAUGAUGGAGACUACUUCCACUCCAAGCAAUGCUACAAUAUCGACGGCCACUCGCCUGUUUCGACCGCUCGGGGCAUGAAACUGUACUAG